AUGACUUCCUGUUCUACUUCCCUUCCCUACGCUCCCCGAGUUGAGCUGGACCCCCGCGUUGUUUUACAGCCCCCGCUUUCCCGCUGCGGCCAUGGACCGGGACUGAUACUUAUCCGACCAAGCCAUUUCGCAGAAUGCCAGGAGAAAAACAAAAGUCUAGAUCCAGAGCCGUUGCAGAAAUGGGCUGAGGAGAGCUAUGCGAUAGUUCAGAUUAGUGUUGACGCGGAAUCCAGUGGCGACGAGGCUUGUGUACUUGAUUUUGUCAAGACAGCGAUAGAGAGGCUUAUUUCACUACCGGAAUGUGAUAAGAAGGAUCAGUUUGGUUUGCUACUCUAUGGUUCCCCAGCUGAUUAUGCGCCGGGGUUUGUGAAGAUUCUGGAUGCCAUCGUAGCUGCUCGGGUAGCAGCCGUGGUAUAUUUCGGUAUCUGGGAUACGCUCGCCGAGAUUCCUGCCUUGGUACAUGCGCCUGGGGCUAGCAAUGGAAUUCAGGAAACAGACAGCCGCACUGUGUAUUCGUACCCUGACGUCUCGUCCGCUGGCUUCAUUGUACCCGGUCAUGCGGAUUUCAAGUACUCGACCGCAGGAGUAGCCCAUACCCGGUCAUUGAGCUUCUUGAAGAAGCAUCUAGACGGGCCUUACUUUAAUCUCGAGAAGAUCUGGGAGGAGCACACCUAUUACGAAUUCGGGGACCGAUCGGUAGAGAAGACCAUGGCGACAAUGGUCCAGGAGCCCUAUGUGAAUCAUGUUCCGACUAUGACGGGUGGAAUUGGCCGUGCGCGACUGAGCAAUUUCUACCUGAAUCAUUUCAUCUUCAAUAAUCCCGAUGACACAGCCCUGGAACUUAUCAGUCGGACGGUCGGUAUCGACCGUGUCGUAGACGAGUUCAUAUUCUCCCUCACACAUAACAAGGAGAUCGACUGGCUUAUCCCCGGCAUACCACCAACGCGAAAGCCUCUCCGCAUACCAUUCACAUCAGUAGUGAAUAUCCGCGGGGAUCGUCUAUACCACGAGCACAUAGCAUGGGAUCAGGCGACGGUCCUCGUGCAGCUGGGCCUGAUGCCAGAAUACCUCCCCUACCCUUAUGCUUUGCCCGAUGGCAGGCUCCCAGGCCGGGGGAAGAGAUUCGAGUAUCAAGUCCCUGCGGCUGGUGUGCAAACCGCGGAGAAGUUGGAGAAUGAACACAAAAUUCCCUCAAAUCAGAUGUUUGAGUAUAAGGAUUGGACGGCUGGCAUUCGCGAAGAUGUUACCGAAGCUUUGCUGGCCCUGGUCAACACGUUCCAUAACAUCGAGCCUCAUCGCUCCCAUCGCGGCAUGACUGGGAACAAAAAGACACAAAAGACCACCCAGUACGCCCAAUUCCUGGUUGGUCGUCAAUCGGAGCUCGGUCAUGUCCGCUAUCCUCGCGCCAGGGCUUCGGCCGAAGAGUGGGCGGACUACCGUUCCGCAAAGAGCCUCUGGCUGAUGCUAGGAGAUCCUGGCUAUGUAUCUUGGACGGCUGCGCUGCCGUUCUUCCUGGCAGCAGUCAAGGCGGCGUCCGGCCGUCUCAUCAAACCUAGGCAAAAGCCGAAAUGUCUUUGGAAAGAGCCAGACCUAUACCUGACGCCCCGCGGCUCGCCUCUACCGACAAUCACCGACAAGUAUUCUGAGUCCCACCCCCGUCUGCUACGGCAAGCCAUUCCCGUACGACCUUUUACUUUGGCCGUGAAGCAUACGAUACCACCGCUGUUGGUCGCGACGGAUACUUGGCUAUGA